AUGUCUUUUGAUUCAUAUUUUCCAGGAGGUGUUAUCCUUGAUGUUAGAGCUAAUGAUGAAUGGGAUGCUGGCCACAUCGAAGGAGCAAUUCACAUUCCAUCUUACGAAGUAGAGUCCCGUAUCACAGACGAAAUUCCAGACAAGAAGACACCAAUUAACAUACAUUGUGCUGCUGGUGGCCGUGCUGGCGAAGCAAAGAAUACCCUUUUAGCUAUGGGUUACCAAAACGUUGCAAACAUUGGAGGCUAUGAAGAUGCCCAAAAAUUGUCUAAAGAAAAUCAUUAA